CCUUCCUUAGCACUCGGUACCCGGAGUCGCGCUGGUAUAAAAGACUCGACACCGACUGGCAACAACAUCAAAUCAUCUGCAGCAGACGGUCCAGGCUAACUGUUCGAUAUCAAAUAAACUUCUUACGUUUUUGCUCAAGCAAUCUCACCACACACCAGAAACAUGAAGGUCAUUAUGGUAACGAUGUUGUUGGCCGCAGUCGCCCUGUCCACCGCCCAAGCCGGAGCCAUCGGCGCCUACUACCCAGCCCCGGCCGUCGUACCCGCACCAGCCGCUUACUACGCCGCCCCGGCACCGGCCCUUGUCAGGACUCCAAGCUUGGACAGCGCCGUGGUGCACUCUGAACGCGUCGGAGGCAACUUCGCGUACAGCUCCGUCGAGGGACACGCUUACACCGCCCUCACACCGGUCGUCCACCCGGCCCCGGUCGCCGUCGCCUACAAGUCGGCUCCACUCGUCGCCCCGUACCCUGUCGUCCACGCCGCUCCAUUGCCGGCCGUCUACGCACCGGCCAAGACCUUCUACUACGCUCACUAACCUGCACCACCCGACGACGACGAAAAUGCCCACGCUCAGUGUUUUGAUCUAGUUUCCGUUUUUCUACCCAAAAAAACCCCCCCGACGCGACAUUUUCGUGAUUUUUUACAAUAAGACGUAUUAUAAUGUAUAUAUUAUAAUUUAUAAGUGUGCAAUAUAAUAGUUUUAAUAAUAAUAUAAUAUAAUUAUUAUUAUUAUUAUUAUUACGCGUUAUAUACGCGUUGGAACAUCCACCUCGCUCAUAUUAUGUAUACGCGUGACUCAGAACUAGCCGCUUACUAUCCCUCUCUCCCCGACUUACACGGACUUGUUUCAUAUUUUUGUACUUUUUUUUUUUUUCAAUACUGCUGAAUAAAAAAUAUUUCUGAUUUGAAAAAAAAA